AUGGUUGAGGCGGAUCGCCCCGGGAAGCUUUUCAUUGGCGGGCUCAACCCCGAAACCGAUGAGAAAGGCCUAGAGGCCGCGUUUGGCAAGUAUGGCCGCAUCAGCGAGGUUCUCUUGAUGAAAGAUCGAGAAACCAACAAGUCCAGGGGCUUUGCGUUCGUCACCUUCGAAAGCCCGGCAGACGCCAAGGCCGCCGCCAGAGACAUGAACGGCAAGUCCCUGGAUGGUAAGGCCAUCAAGGUGGCCCAGGCCACCAAGCCGGCGUUUGAGAGCGGGCGGCGGGGCGCACCGCCGCCGUCCCGCAGCCGCGGUCGCCCGAGGGGCCUGCGCGGCACCCGCGGGGGCGGCGGCGGCCCGCGGCGACCCCCGUCCCGGGGCGGGCCGGCGGACGACGGCAGCUACGCGGGGGAUUUCGACCCGCGGCCCUCCAGGGCCCCUAUGCCCAUGAAGCGCGGACCGCCGCCGCCGCGCAGGGCCGGGCCGCCCCCCAAGAGGGCCGCGCCGUCGGGCCCCGCUCGCAGCGGCGGGGGAAUGCGCGGGCGGGCCCCGGCCGCGCGGGGGCGAGACGGCUAUGCGGGCCCGCCGCGCCGGGAACCGCCACCCUCGCGCCGCGACCCCUACCUGGGCCCCCGGGAGGAGGGCUACUCGCCCAGAGACGGCUACUCGAGCCGAGACUACCCGAGCGCCCGCGACCCCCGCGAGUUUGUGCCCUCGCCCCGAGAGUACACCUACCGCGAUUACGGCCACUCCAGUGCCCGCGACGACUGCCCGUCGAGAGGCUACGGCGACCGAGACGGCUACGGGGGGCGCGACCGCGACUACGCGGACCAUCCGAGUGGAGGCUCCUAUCGAGACCCCUUCGAGAGCUACGGGGACCCGCGCAGCGCCGCCGCAGCGCGGGGGCCCCCGCCUUCUUACGGCGGAGGAGGCCGCUACGACGACUACCGCGGCUGCUCGCCUGACGUGUACGGCGGCGGCCGCGACAGUUACGGCGGCGGCCGCAGCGACCGCUACUCGAGGGGCCGCGACCGGGUAGGCAGAGCCGACCGCGGGCUCUCCCCGUCCUUGGAGAGGGGGUGCCCUCCCCCACGCGAUUCUUACAGCCGCUCUGGCCGCAGGGUCCCCAGGGGCGGAGGCCGCCUGGGAAGCCGUUCGGAGAGAGGGGGAGGCCGCAGCAGAUACUAA